ACAACUCGGCCAUCUCCGACAAGCUUCGAUCUGUUGGAUACUGGCCGAGGUGUUCCGAUUGUUGAAAAGUCCUCUAAAAAAAGUGUUGACUGUUGCCUGCUACCAUUUGUCAAACAGUCUGUACGUUUCGGAACAGCACAUCUUCAAUGCAAGUUGCAGACCUCUCAAAUAAUUUGCACAGAUAGGUCAGUUUUUGCUUCACUACACAAUUAAGAAGAUUAUGCUUCAGAUAUAAGCUGAAGACAGACAAAUAGAAUGGCAAAAGUGACAUUUUCAGGAGUGAUAAUUUUCAUUUUGUUGAUGACAAUUGCUCUCUUUGGACUGAAUGCAAUAGUUGGCAAAGACUUUCGUUAUAUGUCGGAGACAUCUCAUUCUACAAGUGACAGGAGAGAACAGUUGGGUGAGUCUCUAAAUGCUCACAUGAUUGUAGUUGAAACGAAACGAUUUUUUUUUGAAAAUGUAUUUAGAGUUGGGCAAGAAGAAAAUUAUAGAAAGAUAAGUAGUUUCCAACUGACGGAUGUUUUGAUUGAAGACGGAAAGCACCAACUGAAGUCCAGUUCUAAAGUGAAAAUUGAAACUGAUCGUCUUGCUACAAAGUCUUGUUCAAUUCCGAAUCCAGCUCAACGUUUUGACUGUCAUCCAGAAGUCAAUGGAACAAGAGAAAUCUGUGAGAUGCGAGGAUGUUGCUGGCAGGAAACUAAGCUCAGAGUAAAGCCCCUCAUUGCCAUUAACUACACAGAUACACAGACACCUGUGGACAUCCCCUUUUGCUUCUACCCACUAGACUUCCCUGGGUACACUGUGGCUGCUGUGAAGGAAACCGACCUGGGUGUUUCCCUGGAUCUUCAUACAGACCACCAGUUUUAUUACCCAAGAACUGUUAUGAACCUGAGAGUUGAUGUCAUGUUGGAAACAGAUGCAAGAUUGCAUGUGAAGAUCUAUGAUGCAGACAAUUCUAGAUAUGAAGUGCCAUUACCAGUUCCUAAAGUGUCAAAGGCAGCAGCGUCUACAAGAUAUAUGGUGACAACCAGUGGGAAAGAUGAACCUUUCACCAUCACUGUGGACAGAAUAGGAGGAGGCAAAUCUGUAUUUGAUAUGAGAAAGGCAGCUCCACUUGUCUUCACAGAUCAGUUCCUGCAAUUGUCAAGCGUGUUGCCGUCAAGCUACAUGAUGGGCCUCGGAGAACAUCGCAUGGACCUCAUGCAGAACCUCAACUGGACCCGACACACCAUGUGGAACAUUGACCAGUACCCAAGGGAGGAUGUUGACAUGUAUGGGAGCCAUCCUUUCUACCUGGUAAUGGAGGAGGGGGGCAGGGCUAGUGGUUUCUUCCUUCUCAACAGUAAUGCCAUGGACGUGGUUUUGCAGCCAUACCCAGCAGUUACUUGGAAGACAAUAGGAGGAAUCCUGGAUUUCUAUGUGUUUAUUGGAGACAACCCAGCUGAUGUCAUAUUUGAGUACACAAAGGUCAUUGGGCGCACAUUUAUGCCUCCAUAUUGGGGUUUGGGCUUCCAUGUGUGCAGAUUUGGAUACAAGAAUGUCAGUGACACUUUGAGGGUCACUAACAGGAUCAGACAGCUAGGCAUACCUCAGGAUGUCCAGUGGAAUGACAUUGACUAUGCCAUAGGAAGGAGGGAUUUUACCACAGACAAGAAGAUAUUUGGGGACCAGCCAGCAAUGGUGGAAGAGCUUCACAGCAGGGGCAUGCGAUACAUCAUUAUCACCGAUCCUGGCAUUGACCCAAGCCAGCCACCAGGCACCUACCCACCAUUUGAUGUUGGGAAAGAGAUGGACAUAUUCAUGAGAAACCACACUGGACAACUGUUUGUUGGCAAGGUGUGGACCGACGAGACAGUGUGGGUGGACUACAGUCACCCUCGAGCGGACAAAUACUGGACACAGAUGGUCACUGACUUCCAUAAGAAAGUCCCCAUUGAUGGACUCUGGAUUGACAUGAAUGAGGUGUCCAACUUUGUGGAUGGUUCCAGGCUGAACAGCCCGGGCUGCCCCAAUACCACGUAUGACCAUCCUCCAUUUGUUCCAGCUGUGAGAGGGGGGUACCUGUACAAGAAAACCAGCUGUCCGUCUUGUAGACAGUACAUCUCCCGUAACUACGACGUACACAACCUGUAUGGACUCAUGGAAACAAACUUGACAAACAGGGCCCUUCGAGCUGCAAGGUCAGGCAAGCGAGCAUUUGUUAUUUCAAGGUCAACAUUCGCAGGUCAAGGACAUUUUGGAGGCCAUUGGACUGGGGAUAAUAUAGGCACCUUCCAUGAUAUGUACAGAUCAAUAUCAGUGAUAUUACGGAUGGGCAUGUUUGGUAUCCCCAUGGUUGGAGCAGACAUUUGUGGGUUCCAGGGAAAUGCCACCUAUGAAAUGUGUCUGAGGUUCUACCAGCUCGGAGCUUUUUAUCCAUUUUCAAGAACUCACAACGACUUUAAAAGUAAUGACCAAGAUCCAGGGGCGUUUGACAGACACUUUGCAGACAUUGUGCGAGAGGCCUACCUUAUCCGCUACUCCAUGUUGCCAUUACUCUACACACUGUUCUACAACAGUCACAUCACCGGAGCACCGGUCGCCAGGGCAAUGUUUUAUGAGUUUCCCCAUGAUGCAGGCUGCUACCGUAUUGACACCCAGAUGAUGUGGGGGUCACAGCUGCUCAUUGUCCCUGUACUUCAAGAGAAAGCUAGAAAGGUAGUAGCGUACCUGCCAGCAGGGUCAUUAUGGUAUGACUUCUACAAUGGGGCCCGUUACCCCGGUACUGGAUCUUACAUCACCAUGGACGCACCUCUGUCAAAAAUCAACCUCCUUCUACAGGGGGGCUCCAUCAUUGCCCGACAGGACCCUGCACUAACAACCACCCAGAGUCGUCUGAAUGACUUCUCCCUAUGGGUAUGCGUUGGUGGGAAUGGAACGGCGAAAGGUUCGCUGUACUGGGACCAGGGAGACUCGUAUGACUUUGAAAGUGGCAUCUACAAUUACAUUGAAUUUCAACAAAAACAGAAUUCCCUGGAGUCUCAAGUGUUGAAAUCCAAGUACAAUGUGAAGAUGAUGUUGACGCAGGUCCAGUGGUAUGGGUUUCCCGCCCCACCCACACAGAUGACACUGAACGGUGUCACACAGCAACCACAGUAUGAUCCGAAAGAUCAGAUUCUAUAUGUGACCUUGAAUCCUCCCAUUGACCUUAAGACCCCGUUCUCUCUCACCUGGCAGUAACAGUAAAACACUGAUGUUGAAGUUGUCUGGAUGAAAUAUGUGUCUUCUUUGAGAAAAACCUCUGACAUUGUUAUGGAGUUUUUAUGAUAUGACAAUUGUAACUCAUUGUUGUGCUGUUAUCCAAUGUAACAGGUGAAGCUAUAGUUUCUUAAGCAUAACAAUAUUUGGAGGUUUCAUUUUAUGGGCUGGUUUGGUGCCUUAAGGUUUUUGCUGGACUGAAUCACUUAAAGUGUGUUUACGGUAAUUUUUUUUUUUUUGCUGAUAAGGAGCUUUUAAUUUUUUAUUUCAAGUUGACUGCGUGAUAUGAUUAUGUCUGAAGUUUAAGAAAAUGGUUGUGUGUUAAGUUAUCGGAAAGGAUUGUUUUCUUUUAUAUCUAUUUUAUUAUUUCUUUUACCAAAUUGUUGGAUAUUUAGUGCUUUAUUUGUAUGAUUGUUGUUGAAAUUAUUUUGCUAAAUAUUUGAGUGAAUGGAACCUCAGCCAGUAUUGAAAAUGAACACAAAGUUGAGGAAAAAUGAAAAAACAACAUGAAGCCAUUUGUGAUAUUUAUACUAGUUCACAGUAGUUGGAUAACAGAUGAUGAUGUAUAGUUGAAAACAAUAACUAAUUUACAUGUAUUAGUCUAUCUGCAUUGUAAUAUAUUAUUUUCAUUGUGUAUCACAUUGCUUUUUCCAUUUCUAGAUUAGCAUUAUUCAAUGAUACAAUCAAUGUAUUGCUAUAUAUGGUAAAUUAUAUAGAGUGUGAAACACCAUGUGACCAUGUUGUGUCUAUAUAUAGUAAGUGUGAAACACCAUGUGACCAUGUUGUGUCUAUAUAUAGCAAGUGUGAAACACCAUGUGACCAUGUUGUGUCUAUAUAUGGCAGGUGUGAAACACCAUGUGACCAUGUUGUGUCUAUAUAUGGCAAGUGUGAAACACCAUGUGACCAUGUUGUAUCUAUAUAUGGCAGGUGUGAAACACCAUGUGACCAUCUUGUGUCUAUAUAUGGCAAGUGUGAAACACCAUGUGACCAUGUUGUAUCUAUAUAUGGCAGGUGUGAAACACCAUGUCACCAUGUUUAUCUUUAUGUCAGUUUGCCUGCUCAUAUUCAGCUGAUUUUGCUACAUUUUACAAAUGUAAAUUAUAUUUACAUUGUUUUCAGACAUUAGACUAUUGGUCAGUGAGUUUGUUAAGUUUUAACAUUUUCAUGUAUUAAGAAUUUUGAUACAUUUUACAUAGUUAUAGACCUGUUAUUGUUAGUUUUAGCACCUAGUUUUUUUAUACGGACUGCAUACACCUAUGCAAAUUGAAUCUCAAUGUUUUAUUUUCUGAGUUUUGAAGAGUUAGACCUGUGAUAUUCUCUGUAUCAAUAAAUGUUAUUGUGGGAUCAUUUUAUUAUAAAGAUGAUUAAACACUGCAGCUCCCCUUUUUCUCCAUUUGAUUGUAAGGGUUUGUAUGUUUGUUUUUAAACUCACCUGAGCACAAGGUGAGCUAUUGCGAUAGGGUGAUUGUCCGUCUGUCUGUUUGCCAUCCGUCCGUUGUCAACAUUUUCCUUUAAGCAACUUUUCCUAAACCAAUGGGAUAACUUUACAGGAAUGUUCCUUGGGUUGUCCUCUUCCAGAUCCCUGUAAUAAAAAAGGUUUUUCCAUGCAGAACACUGGUUGCCAUGGCAACCAAAAGGAAAAGUUCUGAACAUUUGCUGGCCCGAUUUCAAAAUAAUUUCACAGAAAAAUGUUCCUUAGGUGGCCUUUUAUUAAAUUCCUUCACCAUGUUGAUUCUUAAGAAUACAUGGCCGCCCGGGCUGCUUUUCAUCAUAUGUCUGCAUUGAAAAUCAGUGGCCUGAUUUUGGAAUAUUUUCACAGAAAUGUUUCUUAUGUGACCCUUAUAUCAUUUUUUUUCCUUUAUUGUAUUUAAUGCUACAAGAGUAAUGGCCCUUAUAAUGUUUUCAUAUGCUCGGUUUGGAAACGGGAUGUAUUGUAGAUUCACCUGUGGCUUUUGGCCCUCUAGGUUAAUUUGUGAUUAAUCAGAAUGCAAAUAAGUGGAGCUGCAGUGUAUCUUUUCAGAAUACAAUAUAUUUAUACCAAAAAAUACAUUCCAUUGUCUCUGAUAUUGCAAAUCCUAUUCUUUACCCAAAUUAAUACAUGUCUCUAUCAUGCUUCAAGCAUGCUUAAGUAACUGUAUAGUGUAAGAAUAUAAGUGUGUAAUAACUCUUGAUUUCUUCAUAUUGCUUUUAAUCAUGCAAUUCUGUGCCAUACAUGUACUUUGCAAUAAACAGAAACUUUAACUGAAACUAUG